UGAAAGAUUAACUGCCAAAGUGAAGAGUACUAAUUUCUAUGAAUGAGGAAGAACUUGUGCAUCCACAUUGUCCAGCAAGCUCCAGAAAUGUUGAUAUUGAAGAGUGCAAACCAACAAUCUCGCCAGCCAUUUCUGUUGAGCUAGAGCAUUCCUCUGAUACUGAGGAAGUACAGGAAUCUGCUUUCAAUGAUAUAGUAGAGCCACUGCCACUAGGUUGUAAAGAAAACCCAAAAGCAAUUCAAUCUCUACGAGCCUCUUCGUCUAGCUCUCUGCCUCCAACCCUUUCUGCACUACUACAAAGCAUCACAAGUGCGGCACUUGUCACAACUUCCUCGACUCAGAUCAGCUACAGUAUCCCAGGGGAAAUCGCUAACUUGGAAAGCCUAAUCGUUGCCGAUUUCUCGCGCAACAAUUUCACCGACCGGAUCCCUGACUCAGUUCAGCUACUCUAUGGUCUUGUUUCAAACUCAUCGCCUCAAUUCCUCACGAAGUCAACAACCACAGAAGACCCUAUGUAUAUUCCCCCACUUCAGCUGGUGCGUGGGAAGCUGCUAAUAAGAGGAGAAUUUGAUGAUUUUUCGGAUGAUAAACAAAUGCAUUGCACAGUGUGCCUGGCUGAAAUGCUGAAUGCUUAUGCUGCGGCAUUGCCAAAUAACAUCCCAACUAAGGAGGCGGCUUUCUUAUUGGAGGUGUGAAAAUACCUGGUUUAAAUUCUACUAACAAAGCUGAUCCAACGCAACGCUCCCAAGCUGUUAGACAAAAUGUCUCUGAAAGGUCCGAUCCCAAAGUUGUGAUUAACGGAGUUGAAUUGAACGUAACACAUGGAGACAGCGAAUGUAGGAGCCAAGCCGCACACUCACAGAGACAGAGAGGUGAGAACUCUGAUAUUUUUUAUUUAUUUUUUGAAGGCUAUCUUUAUAUUUGUUGAAGGCAUGAAUGAUAAAGAUACAUUAUCCAAAUGGAUUUUCUCCAUUUGCGAAGCUACAUAAUCUGUUUGGAUUUUCUCCUUAAUUGGUGUAUAAAAUUCAUAUAUUUGCUCCCAGCCAAGUGAUAUUCCAAAUUGUUUGGAUUACUGAAUAUUAAGUUGUUUGACUUCCAAAUUCUUGAAAGUUAUGAACUAAUUGAUUGCAUAGAUAAAUUUCUAAUUCACCGAUGUCAUAUUCACUUCAAUUGCCAUUCCAAAAUUAUUUUAUUUCUAAAUUGUUAUAAAAAUCUUAAAAAAAAAAAAAGGAUUGGCUGUAUUUUCUCAAUAAUGUGUUUUGUAGCAUGGCAAGGUGCCAAGAUGGGAUUGUCUGUAGACCAUGAACUUCCCUUUAUCUGUUUUUUUUUUUUUUAUCAUCCCUUUAUCUGUUUAUGAUGGGAAUUUCAUGGUAAUUAAUGUCAUAAUGGCUCACUGCACUUUAAACAAAUUGUUAAGUCCCUCCUUGUGGGGCAAAUUACUGUUAUAGUUUAAUGCGUGUGUGUAUAAACUUCUGCAUUUAUACAUAAUGUAUGUACAAGCUUAUACACUUGUACAUAGUGGGUGUAGUAUUAAAAAUAAAAAAUAAAAAAAAAUAGUGGGUGUAGUAUUAGAGCAUACAGAUAGUGAUAGCUAAAUCGAGCAAGAAACACUUACACGUGUAGCCUUAAGGGCAAAUUCCUGUAAUCCAAUCCUAGAUAUACAUGU